CUGAGACGGCACCAGAACCUGAGCUCCCAGACUCCAGAACCAUCCGUUGCGUGCUCGUCUGCAGUCCACUCCACGGCGGCCACCAGCGCUUCCCAACCACCCGCCGCCUCCGCGUGUCACCCCAUCCAGCAGCCAUCAGGCCGAACCCGCCUGCAAAACCAGCGCGCUAUUACCGCCCAGAGACCGAAAUUUCCUGAGCCGCGAGCUCUGAAACUGCCAUGGCAGCAGCAGCAGCAGCCAUCGCCUCCAGUUCCACCCCGCGUCCGCUCCGCCGGGCUCUCGCCGCGCACGCGCCCCAUUUCAACGCCCUGCCGAUCCGCGCCCGCAGGCCGCGCCUCGCCGUCUCGGCCUCGUCCGCGCGGUCCGAGGCGGAGACCAGCGGGUCCGAGCGGUUCUACUUCAACUUCACUGGAUUUCCCUUCCCGCUCGGCCCGUUCCUCAACCGCCGCACCAUCCGCACCGAGGCGGUGAAGGGCAGCAUAUGGCUGUUCGAGCAGGAGCAAGCGCUGGGCUUCAGCAGCGUCUCCACCAACACCCGCAUGACCGUCGUCAAGCUCAAGUCCGGCGGUCUCUGGGUGCACGCGCCCAUCGCGCCGACCAAGGAGUGCAUCCAGCUGCUGAAGGAGCUGGACGCGCCGGUGGAGCACAUCGUGCUGCCGACCUUCGCGUACGAGCACAAGAUCUUCGUGGGGCCCUUCUCCAGGAAGUUCCCCAAGGCGCAGAUAUGGGUGGCGCCCAGGCAGUGGAGCUGGCCAAUCAACCUGCCGCUCGAGUUCUUCGGGAUCUUCCGGGCCAGGCCCCUCAAGGACGAGGAUGACGCCACACCGUGGGCCGCUGAGAUCGAGCAGAAGGUGCUCAGCUCGCCGGAAGUUGGGAUUGGGCCUUAUGUGGAGGUGGCGUUCUAUCAUAAACCUUCGCGGACAUUGCUGGUGACAGAUGCUGUCAUUUUCGUUCCUCGGCAGCCGCCUGAGUGUAUCAGCAAAGAAUCAUUGUUGGCAUCUGCCAAGAACGGAUUGGCAGUGAAGAUAUUGAGCAAAGGGAAAGAGGUUCCGGAUGAACCAGUUGUGGACAAUAAGCUGAACCUUCAAAAAGGAUGGGAGAGAAUGGUGCUUCAAAUAUUGUUUCUUGGUCCCUCAAACCUUCUGGAGCCAAAUGCAAGCUUUGCUCAAAUGUCACAAAAAUUGAUUGUCUCACCUAUUGUCAAGACACUCGUUUUCAGCAAAGUUCCAGAAAAGGUAAGGGACUGGGUCGACAGGAUCGCCGCCGACUGGCGAUUCAGGCGGAUAAUCCCCGCCCACUUCGCGGCCCCAGUCAACGCGAGCCGGUCAGACUUCCUGGCCGCCUUCGCCUUCCUUGAUGAGUUCCUCCCCGAACGCUCUGCUGCAGCGCCCGGCCUCUCCUUGCUCUUCGCCUCGCUCAUGGGGAAGGCGGCCAGCUACUUCCCUCCCGAUGACAUGAAGACGCUCUCGUCCCUCGACCAGUUCUUGGUCUCUGUCGGUGCCGUUAAGAAGACGGUCUCAGGGAGAAAGAGAUGAUGUAGAGAGAAACUAUUGUUCAGGUCUGUCCAUAGUUUUGUAAGAAAGGCUGGAUAUGUAGUUAGUUAUUGGGGAGGAAAUGGUACGGUAGGUUAUACUGUAGAGUACGUAUAUCUUCUUGCAUUCAACAGAAAGCCCAAUAUUAUUGCAUGACUGAAAUUUGCCCGGCCUACUGCAAAGGAGCAUUUUGACUA